UAACACGUUCGUUAUUUCAAAACGAUGGAACGUUGGGAAGGUAAAAUCGCGAUAGUUACCGGUGCUAGUGCCGGAAUCGGGGCCGCAACGGCCAAAAUUUUAGUCAAAAAAGGACUCAAAGUUGUUGGACUAGCGCGCAGAGUCGAGCUAAUCGAAGAACUGACUCUGAGUCUAACCGAGGCUCCUGGCGAACUUUACGCCGUUAAAUGCGACUUGAGCAAAGAGGAGGAGAUUUUGGACGCGCUUAAAUGGGUGAAAGAAAAUUUAGGACCGGUUCAUAUCCUGGUCAAUAAUGCGGGGUUCGUCAGACCGACUAAUCUAAUAGAAAAAACGACCGACGACUGGCGCUUGACCUUCGACGUAAACGUAAUCGCAAUGUGCAUUUGCACACGUGAGGCGGUCAAGGUCAUGCGUGAGCACAACAUUGCGGGUCAUGUGAUCAAUCUCAAUUCACUGGUUGGCCGAUAUCCGGUCUCGCUCCCCCACCCCAACCUUAACGUUUACCCUGCGUCAAAGUAUGCGGUUACGGCGCUUACGGAAAACCUACGCCAGGAGUUUCGUUAUUUCAAUACGGGGAUUAAAGUUACGAGUAUUAGUCCGGGAAUUGUUAUUUCAGACUUUCAGGAAGGUUUUUGCAAGGAUGGCACAUUGGAGGCCAUGAGGAGUGGACCGGUGCUUUAUCCGGAAGAUGUGGCCGAAGCAAUUGUUUAUACUUUGUCGACGCCACCUCAUGUUCAAGUUCAUGAUAUUUUCAUGCAUCCGUUGGGAGAGAUGCUUUAGUCAAGGGGAGU